AUGGCGCCAAGGUCUGGGAGAGGCAAAUCAAAUAAAGCUAAAGCAGAAAGGAAAAAGAAAGAGGAGAAAGCAGUUCCUAGUGUUGUUGACGUCACCGUCAUCAAUCCAUAUGAAUCACAAGUUGUGCUCAAGGGCAUCUCCACUGACAGGAUACUUGAUGUGAAGAAGCUAUUAGCCGUAAAUGUUGAAACAUGCCAUCUCACGAACUAUUCUUUAUCUCAUGAGGUGAAAGGACAAAGAUUGAAUGACAGAAUAGAAAUUGCUACCCUCAAGCCCUGUCUGCUCAAAAUCAUAGAAGAGGACUACACAGAGGAGACCCAAGCCAUAGCUCACGUACGGAGGCUCCUGGACAUCGUAGCCUGCACGACCAGGUUCUCCAGCAAAUCCAGACGAUCGUUAUCGUCACCGUCAACUUCACAGUCCAAACGGACCAAUAUCUCUAGGUCUCAACAGGCCAGUACUCCGGCAACACCACUGUCCGAUGAUGCAGCAGCUGAAACGACGUCGGUUUCGGCGGCGAUGUCGGAGAGCAUGGACAUGGUGGCUAUCCAUCCGACGCCGAAGCUGUCUGAAUUCUAUGAUUUCUUCUCCUUCUCUCACCUCUCGCCCCCUAUUCUCGAUUUGAGAAGAUGCCGUGAGCUUAAGAAUGGAGAAGCAACGACCCGGCAGGGCGAUUAUUUUGAACUUCAGGUUAAGAUAUGCAAUGGAAAGCUUAUCAACGUGGUUGCAUCAGUAAAAGGGUUUUAUACAUUGGGAAAGCAAUUUUCCCAAAGCCAUUCCCUAGUGGAUCUUCUUCAAAAUCUCAGCCGAGCUUUUGCGAAUGUUGGUUUACUGCCUUCUGCUUUGAUUUCUUCCAAGUCUCAACCAUUCUUUGUUGUUGCAUUUGUUUUGAAAUCAAUUGGCGCAUAUGAUUCCCUUAUGAAGGCUUUCGUAGAGCAUAAUAAGUUCGGUAAUCUUCCUUCUGGAUUUCGUUCGAAUACAUGGCUUGUUCCUCCAUCUGUUGCGGAGUCUCCAUCAAACUUCCCAUCCCUACCUGUAGAAGAUGAGAGCUGGGGAGGCAAUGGUGGAGGGCAAGGAAGAAAUGGUGAAUAUGAUCUUCGGCCAUGGGCCACUGAUUUUGCAAUAUUGGCUAGCCUACCAUGCAAGACUGAGGAGGAGAGAGUGGUGCGAGACCGGAAGGCCUUUUUGCUUCAUAGCCAAUUUGUUGAUGUUUCAAUUUUUAAAGCAGUUGGAGCGAUACAACGAGUAAUUGAUUCCAAUUUUCAAGCAAGAGAAACAGUAAAUUGUCACUCAGGCUCUUUCCUGCUUGAAGAUCGUGUAGGGGACUUGUCCAUUGUUGUAGAACGUGACGCAGCAGAUGCAAGCUUGAAGUCUGUGGUCAAAGUCAAUGGCAAUCAAUUAUCUGGUAUCUCUGCUAAGGAAAUUGCUCAAAGGAAUUUGCUUAAAGGGGUAACUGCAGAUGAGAGUGUAGUUGUUCAUGAUACCUCUUCAUUGGGCACUGUCAUUGUAAGACUUUGUGGAUGCAUUGCAACAGUGAAAGUUGUUGGCGAUGUGAAGAAGAUAAGGUUUGAUGCUCAAGAUAUUGAAAUUGAUGAUCUACCUGAUGGAGGAGCUAAUGCUCUUAAUAUCAACAGAGUCAAAAUGUAUAGUGUUUUUUCUGUCUAUUAUCAGCAAAAUGAUAUGUUUAAGAUCCCUGUUGAAAGUGCUGAAUCAUCUCGAGGACAGUCUUCUCGCUCUACUUUGGAAGAUUUAGAAGAAUCUAGAUGUCUUGUUCGGAAAGUAAUUAAAGAGAAUUUAGCCAAGCUAGAGGAGAAGCCAAUUGCUGCAGAAAGGUCCAUUAGAUGGGAACUCGGCUCAUGUUGGUUGCAACAUCUGCAAAAGCAGGAAGCUUCAAAAGAUACCAAUGAUAAAAGCUCUGAGGGUAAUAAUGAGAUUGAACAUUCUGUGAAAGGUCUUGGAAAGGAAUUCAAAUUUUUGAAGAAGAGAGAGAAGCUUCCUACUGUGACUAGCACACAUGACAGAGAAGAAAGUGAAACUGGACUGAGCAGCCAAACUGUGGGAAUUAAUUCAGUACAGCAUAGCAAUGAUGAGUGCAAUAUUGGGAGUGAGUUGAGGAGAUUGGUUUCUAAAGAAGCUUUCUUGCGUCUGAAAGAAUCUGGAACUGGCCUUCAUUUAAAGUCAGCUAAUGAGCUUCUUCAAACAGCAUACAGAUAUUAUGAUGAAGUUGCUUUGCCUAAGCUGGUAACAGAUUUUGGCUCACUUGAACUUUCCCCUGUUGAUGGCCGGACGCUGACUGACUUCAUGCAUCUAAGAGGACUGCAGAUGCGCUCUUUGGGACGGGUGGUUGAACUUGCAGAUAAGCUUCCUCACAUACAAUCACUUUGUGUUCAUGAGAUGGUUACUAGAGCUUUCAAGCACAUACUUAAAGUGGUUAUUGCAUCUAUCAACAAUAAAUCAGACUUGUCUGCAGCCAUAGCUUCAUCCCUAAAUUUCUUGCUUGGAAGUGGUGGGGGUGAAGGUAAUGAUCAAUCUAUGAAGGAUGACCAUGUUCUCAAAUUGCGGUGGUUGCAAACGUUUGUUGCCCAAAGAUUUGGUUGGACACUGAAAGAUGAAUUUCAGCAUUUGAGAAAGCUUUCAAUUCUUCGUGGACUCUGCCAUAAGGUUGGGUUGGAGUUGGUUCCAAGAGAUUAUGACAUGGAGUGCUCAAACCCCUUUAGGAAAUGUGAUAUUAUUAGUGUGGUUCCCGUGUGUAAGCAUGUAGGAUGCUCUUCAGCAGAUGGACGAACUCUAUUGGAGUCAUCGAAGGUUGCUCUUGAUAAAGGAAAGUUAGACGAUGCUGUUAAUUAUGGAACAAAGGCAUUAGCAAAGAUGAUAGCUGUAUGCGGUCCUUAUCAUCGGACUACUGCCAGUGCUUACAGUCUUCUAGCUGUUGUUCUCUACCACACAGGAGACUUUAAUCAGGCUACCAUAUACCAGCAAAAGGCUUUGGAUAUCAAUGAGAGGGAACUUGGUCUUGACCAUCCAGAUACAAUGAAAAGUUAUGGCGAUCUCUCUGUGUUUUAUUAUCGUCUUCAACACAUUGAGUUAGCUUUGAAAUAUGUGAACCGUGCUUUGUUCCUUCUUCACUUUGCUUGUGGUCUGUCUCACCCCAAUACCGCCGCUACAUACAUCAAUGUGGCUAUGAUGGAAGAGGGUAUGGGAAAUGUUCAUGUUGCUCUCAGAUACCUGCAUGAAGCUCUAAAGUGCAAUCAAAGAUUGUUAGGGGCAGAUCAUAUACAGACAGCUGCAAGUUACCAUGCUAUAGCCAUUGCUCUUUCUCUUAUGGAGGCAUACUCCUUAAGUGUUCAACAUGAGCAAACGACACUGAAGAUACUCCAGGCAAAACUUGGAACAGAGGAUCUUCGUACUCAGGAUGCUGCUGCAUGGCUUGAAUAUUUUGAAUCGAAAGCUCUGGAGCAGCAAGAGGCAGCACGAAAUGGAACUCCAAAGCCAGAUGCAUCCAUCGCAAGCAAAGGUCACCUUAGUGUAUCGGAUCUUCUGGAUUACAUAAGUCCUGAUCAAGACUCUAGAGGAAGCGAUGCACUCAGAAAACAGCGCCGUGCAAAGGUACUCCAGGUUAAUGAUAAGUCCUGUCAAGCCCAUCAAGAUGUAAUAGGCAAUGAUGCCAUGCCCCACGAUGGCUUGGAAAAUCCGACGGUUACAACAGAUGGCAGCAAUCAAGAACUAAAUGUGGAUAUGUUUCAUAAUGAAGAAGCAGAAGAAAACGAUGAUAUCACCAUGUACAAGCCGACAGUUGCUGGGGAGGUUGUUGAAGAAAUGACUUCAGAUGAAGGAUGGUUAGAAGCCAAUACAAAAGGACGAUCAGGGAAUGCUGCUGGCAGGAAAUCUGGGCGUAGGCGACCAGCUCUUGCUAAGCUAAACAUUAAUGGUGCUGAAUAUUCACAUUAUAGAGCAAGCAGCUAUAGGAAGCAAACCGUUUCACUGGCACAAAAAACAACUCCAAGAACAAUUACAAUGGAGGCCCCUCUGAAGCAAUCAAUUGAACUGCAGGCAAAGGCUACUUCCUCCAAACCUUUUUCUGCUCCAGCAAAUCUCACUGCUAUGGCAUCAAAAUCGCCAUCUUACAAGGAGGUAGCUGUGGCACCCCCUGGUAUGGUUUUGAAGCCAUCUCUGGAGAUAGUAGAAGAAUCAAGCGGGCUAAAACCUGAAACUCAGAUAUGCAGCAUUGCGUCUGAGACAUUUAAGGAGGAGGGAGGCAACAAUAUCUCUGUCACUGAUAAUAAACCAGAUCCUGGUGACACAGAAGAAACUCAUGAAAGUGGAACUCAAACUGAAAAUCCUGGCCCUGAACUUGAGGAAAUUUCUUCUUCUAAUCAGGAAAAGUCCGCUGAAGCAAAUGGAAGCAAGCUUUCAGCUGCAGCUGAGCCAUUCAGUCCAGGAGCUUGCCCAACGGUUCACCCUUUAAACUCAGUUUCUGUAACUAACAUAUAUGAUGUAGCAGCCAGUCAAGGAAUGCUUGUAGAUCCAGUGGCACCUCCACUUGCAAGAGUUCCUUGCGGACCUAGAUCACCAAUGUAUUAUAGAACUGCUCAAUCUUAUCGCAUGAGACAAGGUUUCCUGAAAUAUCAAACUCGCAUGGCAACACAACCUAGAAGCAUGAACCCACAUGCACCCGAGUUUGUACCCAGAAGAGCUUGGCAAACACAUCCUAAAAAUGGAGAUUCUGCUGUUACAACUGAGCCGGACUCUUUGCUUGAGACAAUCAAGGCGCAAGAGAAAGAGGAGAACUUUGAUAAGGAAUCUGGUAAUGAAGCUGAAAAUUAUGCUACAAAAAAGACCACCUCUGAGACUGAGAAGGCAGAACUUGCAAGGCAGAUAUUGCUCAGUUUCAUUGUGAAGUCAGUCCAGCAUAAUAUCGAUAGUGGAAGCGAGACUGCAGGCAGUAGAAAGGACAGUUCUGAAAAUUCUUCGGAUGCAAUUGCUAAUGACAGUGCAAUUAUAAAAAUCCUCUAUGGAAAUGAAGGAAAGACGAAAGUCGUCACCCAGUCCAGUGAUCAUGAACAGCCGAAAACACCAGAUGUAAAUAAAAAUAAUCAUGGCGAUGGGGAAGGAUUUAUAGUAGUAACAAAGCGGAGAAGAAACAGGCAGCAGUUCACAGAUGGGGUUACUGGGUUGUACAAUCAGCAAUCAAUCUGUGCAUCUGUUCGUUGA